AUGUCAACCAUCUCGCCGAAAAGGAAGAUCCCGUACCACCACCAUCAUGUCAUGCGACACAAGCCUCAAGCAGUACCGACACGGGAGCCGGCCCUGAUCGAACAAGAGGUGGUGGACAAGUUGCUGGUCGACUGUAUAAGGACGAUAUGCGAAGAAGUCGCGCUCAAGCAGGACAUCACGGACCCAGUCGUCGAAUCCGUCGUGCUGGAGUCAAUGGUCGCCAUGGUGGAUGAAUUCAUGCUGAAAUUCCUGUCCAAAGUGCGGCGAUCGAUGAUCGCGGCCCGCCGAGUCUGUCCCAUCGGAACCGAUUUCGAAACCGCAAUCGAUGUCUUAUACGUUCCCCGACCAGACGAUCAACUUCAACCUUACAGGACCCAGCCGGAGAUCAAUCCGCCUCUAUACCCGACCCCUCCUCCCGACGACGAAUUCCACAACCUCGUCGAACUUCCGGCCUCGUUCCUCGGUCCCGACCUGGAUGGUCAUGGCGAAUUGAAGAAAUUCUCCUUCACAACGAAAGGGCUUCCCGAGUUGCCUUCGGCGCAUACCUACAAAGACACACCCGUUUACCCGCAGAGAGAAUCCGACACGCGCAAGAUCAGAGAGUUGGCAACCCAUGAGGGGAAGCUGGGCGAGCAGGCGCUGCGCAAGUUGGCUGGGGCCGUGAAGUUAGAUGCCGCGCACACCCUGGAGACUGAGGCGUCCAUGACCAAGCAGAAGACUCCCGUGCGGCAGCAACGCCGGAAACGAUGGAAGACAGGCGUCAGUUUGUCCGAGGAGGCGGUAUUCGAAGAGACGGUGCGCGACUUGCUGGCCCAAGAGCCUGGCGGGUUUGAGCUGGGACCGAUCGUGACUUGUGAGAAGGCGUACCGCAUGCCAGACGAUGUCGCGGUCAAGAGAAAAGCACCUCCCAUCAAAGGCGGCGGCGGCGGCGGUGGUGGCUCAAUCCAGAACGAGGAGGAUACUGCGAUGGAGCUCUGA